AUGGCUGCUCCUCGCUCGCUGGAGGAAAUGAAUUUCAUGACAGAUAAGGCACGAGAAAUGGACGACACUGGCGACUACUUCGUCUGGAUUGCUUGUAAUGACAGGGAAGUUGAAGGAACCUGGGAGUGCGACGGUCAGGAAGGACGUGAGCCUUUCCUGGAAUGGGAUCUAGCUAGUGGGCAACCUGAUAGUAAUGGCAAUCAAGAUUGCGGCGUUUUGGCGGAGAGAUUUAAUAACAAAAUGGAUGACCUCGGUUGUGACAGUACGUAUCCCAUUUGGCUUUUUGCAUGCGUCGAGCUGCUUGCACCUACGGCCUCAUCCAGCUCCGUCACUAAUGCAUCUCUACCGACACCCACGGCCGCGCUCACAACUCAACCUGCCUUCUCCACCACAGAAACCAGGAGCCUUGUCACCAAACAUGUGGCGCCUGUGACUCGGCCUGCGUCCAGGUGCCCGGAUGUCACUCCUUCAUUAUGA